AUGGUGCUUCACAGAUGCUUGGAAGAGUCAGCCGCAGAGCCUACGAGUGCGUCCCAUCCGAUUUCAGGCACGAUUUCUGAACUCUUCCCCAGAAAACGGAAAUCCCCUUUGGAUUUCAGCCCUCCUACAAGCCGUGCUUGUCUUUCUCAUGCUCAGGAUGGCCUCUUAAUGCUAACCUCGACUAACACAAGAUUCACUGACCAAAGCGACUUCGCCGCGAUUCACGCUGGAGGUGAAAAAUCUACUGGUUUGGCGGUUGGAUUUGGAAUAGGGGAAUCCAUCACCGAGAGUAAACCGAGUCAAUUUUCAUCCAAUCGCGGCCUGGAUUUCAUAAAUUUAUCGAAGCCCUUGGAACUUCUUCCGCCUCCGGCCAAAUUACCAGUUAGGCCUCUCCUUCAAGAGGAAUCCAAAAACCCAAACGAAUCCGUCUAUGGCCAUUUUAUAUAUGCAGGUCAAAUCGUGGAAGAACUACUCAAUAAACACAGUGUAAUGUUUGAGCGAGAAAUCAAGAAUCUACGUUCUACAAACCAGAUCAUGAAAGAUAAAGAUCAUCACCCAUCCUUACCAUUUUGCCGGGUCGAUCGCGAAAAAGGGGAAAAGGGGAAAAUUUUUAGGGUGAUGGUCGCUUCAAAGGAUCACUUGCAGAUAAUUGAGGAACUACCUUGGCGCUAUAAUCGCCUACUAACAGUAUUAUACAAGCUCCACCAAAAUUAUCUGAAUGACCGCAACAUAACGACAUUCAAUCAAAGAACACAACACGAAAACCUGUUAGGAUGGCUAUCAAGGCAAAUAUUUCGUCCUGAUGACAGUGUUCCAGUAUUUGGAAUCGUCAAUGAACCAAAUCUUCCUUGGGAAUCAGGCGAUCCAAAAAUAAGAAUUGGGGCUUGUCAGAUAGAAUUGAUAAAUUUCUUCUCAAAGGAUCGUUGUGAUGUUCAUGACAUUUUGCAGCUUACAGCCUCUUAUCUGUUAAGAGAGUACUAUGCUCAAAAUAAAAUUACAUAUUCGGCCUUGGUUCAACCUUCAGAGUAUAUUAGCGAUGUGGAAAUAGUAAUAUCGAUGAAACCACAUUUCCAAGAAAUGUUGAAGGCUUUAUCAGACAUUAUGGGAUAUUCGAUACGAUAUCGGAAACUCUUGAAUUAUCGGAUGCCAAAAUUUGAACCUUUCUUGGAUUUCUGCUCAAAUUUUGAACUUCAGCUGCGUCAAACAGAGAUCCGCGCGGGAUGGCUGAGAAGCAAUCAUCCAAAAUUACCAAUUGUAAUGUACUUUCCCAAAAAAUCAGAUAGCCAUGGACAUAUCCGAAUUAUAGACCCAGAAUGUGGCGAUGCACUUGAUUCCACACGUUUAAGCCCCAGAUUCAAGAGAUUCUUGAAAUGGGUGGAUCAUUUGAAUAUAAAAUCUUUGGCCAACAAUUGGCUUGCCACUCAUUGGAACUUGCAAAAUUGA